ACGAAUGAAAUGCUCGGAAUAACAGCCAUAGACAUAAUGAUAACAACAUUGUCCAGUUUUUUUUUUUUUAGAUGGAAACUGAAUCAAAUGUGUGUUCAUAAAAAUAAAGCUUGUUGCUUAAUUGCUAAAAAGACAUAGAGCAGUGUCUAACAUGUCGACUAGUUAGCAUUAGCGCUCAGACUCAGUCUCACUCUGCGAGUAAACAACACAAAGGUUCCACUUGCCACAGGACCUAACAAAAAGGAGCACCUUAGGUUUUGCUGCAUUGCUGCAGCAGAGUAUUUGCCCUGUGGUCAAUGGAGUCACUCAACACGUUUGAAUCUGAAAUGGAGCCUGAUGGGCAGACAAACUACUCUCUUUUUCCUGCUCUGGAUAGUAUAGCAAGCCUGUCUGGGACAGCAGAGAAUCUAGAGAGUGAACCACCCAGUGAAAUUACUGAGAAACCAAAUCUCACAUGGCUUGAUGCCGCUCAGAUCGUACUGGAGGAAGCUGGCCGUCCCAUGCACAUAAAGGAGAUUAAGCAGAGAAUCAUUGACCGGGAACUUGUUCAAUCCAAUGCAAAAUCGAGCCUGGAAGCCGUCAUGUAUCGUGAGACACAAAAAGGCAGCAGGAGAUUCAAGAGGAUUGAAAACAGAAACGGAGUCUUUGCAUUACUGACCGAUGGGGAGCGGCAGCAGGCCCUCACAGCCCAGGCUUUCCUCAGCUCGCCGCCGCCAGCGCCUCAGAGCGGAGCCUCCAGCUCUGGCUCCGGGGCCUCCAUGCCUGCGUUUCCCUCUCCCUCAAGUUCCUCGGAGCAGAAACCGAAGAUAAAGAGGGGCCAGCGAAAAAAACAAAACGAGAAGUACAGACUCAAGUACCAGAGGCUGCGCAAAGCUGCUCGCACCAUGAUAUUUGAAAAUGCUGCACUCUGUGAUGAAAUUGCUCACACAGAAGAGAAGUUUCUAAGAGCAAAAGAGGAGCGCAAGUUCUUAUUAAAGUCCUUGUUGCAAUACCAGACUCUGUCAGAGGGGGAGCUACUGCCUACACCUAGUUCCAGCUCCGUUCCUUCUGUUCCACCUGCGGCACUGACUUCAGCUCCUGCUGCAGGGGCUUCAGGCUCGUCUUUGGCACAUAACCCAAUGUCACUGGUGUCAAUAGGAGAGGAGGGCCUCCUUAAAAAACCCAAGAAAGAAAGGAAAGACCGGGGAAAGGAAAACGGAAAGGAAGAAUUUCCGAAGAAGAUGUCCAAGAAGAGGAAGCUGGCAGACGGGUCACGCAGACUGGUGCAGCCCAUUCCGCUGGACUCAUCGGGUCGUCCCGUGUUUCCCAUCGUACUCGGAGGUUUAACAGUCUACAGCCUAGGAGAGAUAAUCACAGACAGGACUUUGUUUUACGAUGAGUGUGCCAUAUACCCAGUGGGCUUCUGCAGCACGCGUGUCUAUGCCAGCAUGAAACACCCUGAGCAGCAGUGUCUCUACACCUGCCAAAUUAAGGACGGGGGGACAGGUCCACAGUUUGAGAUUGUACCUGAAGAAGAUCCUCAGAAUGCCAUCGUAGCCUCCUCUGCUCUGACAUGCCAUUCAAAUCUGCUGAAGGCUAUCGCGUCCAACAGUUCCCAGGCCGUGGUGCCCAUAAUUCCAUCAGGAGCGGACUUCUUCGGCUUUUCUCAUCCAACUAUUCAGAAUCUCAUCCAGAGCUGUCCUGGAGCUCGCAAAUGUAGCAACUACAGAUGGGUUCGUUUCGAGGUGUGUCGUCAUAGUGAUGGCCAGCUCCCUCGCGGCCUAUCAGAAGAUGACGCCUCGAUUAGCUUUGAGGCCUACCUGAGACACCAAGGCCUGCAUGGGAGCAUCAAGAUGGAGCACAUCACAGGACAAUCGCCUCCAUCUCCUAGUUCCUCGCAUCAGCAACACCAGACCUCUCCCACCAUGAAGCCCUCCACUUCUUAUUUUGGCUCUUGAGUCCUCUCUGAACUCGCGUAUUUUUUCCUUCAGUUCACCAUUUCAAAAAUCAGAGGCUUGUUGAACUCAAACAUUUCUAGUGUGUGAUCUUUCAGGAUUUCUCCAAUGAAAUACCCACGAGUGUCUACAUGGUAAACAUGGCUGAGCUGUUGCGAGCAAAAAAUCAAAUAUCUGGUUUCUGUAUGUUAAUAUAAAGGGAGAUGUCUGUUUGUAGAAAUGAUCUUUAUGUUGUUCCAUUUUUUAAAAGUAUAAAAUCUUGUCUAUCAACGUGGAUUACAGAAGCAAACGUUACAUAACUGUGUAUAAUCACGAUGAAGAGUUGUAUAUAUAAUUAAAAUGCCAUUUAAAUGUUUUGUCCCAAGA